ACGGAGUACUACUGAAGAUUCCUCGAAACAGCUUGUCCUCUUAGUAGCACGAAGUAAGGCAUAGAUAGGUGGACGUAAGGGCGUCAUUGUCAGGCCUUCGGGAGAGAGCCGAAAUGCUAUACCAGCGAAAUUGGCCUCAACUGGAAGGUCCUGCUAGACUCGUGUUGAGGAUUUCCGCCCCAUUCCCGCAUAUUUCCAGCACUCCUUCCAUGCUGCAGCUGAAGCUUGCCGCGUGUCCGAGACAUGGCAAAGUAUAGUACCGAGGGCGAAGGAAUCUUCCUACGGAGAUAAUUAUAUGCUUAUCGCGAUAAGGGGUUGCCUUCUUUUUAGCAUUAGAUGCCUUCAAUGUUGCUGCGAGCAAUGUUGCACCCUUACUGGUUGCCCAGGGGUCGGAUGAUAGUUCAUCUUAUGGUAUACCUUCUGGGUCGGUGUUUCCUAUCUCGCAUGAACGUAGUCUUCCACCGGUGAGGUAGGUCGAGUUGAUAUCUGGACCCUACAUGCUGAAGUAUAUCUGCAGACAGUCAAUUGGAAACCAACGACAGUCACUAGACAAGUGUCAGCGGUAUAGACUCGAGAAUGCCAGCCCCAGAAACGCCGAUCAUCCUGACGACAGGACAAGGAACGGGAGACGACAAAACUCCUGUCUCCUUAUUCCUUCCUUGGGCAGUCAACCUAUAGUAGGUCUGUGGUCUCUCCUUUUGUCGGCUCUAUCUAAAGGGAGCUUUUCAGAGGCGCCAAUCACUUCCCGAAUUCAGCAAUGAUGGUCUGGCCUUCUUCCAUGAUUUUGCCGAUGGCUUAGGAGGUGGCUUAAACAAGUCCACUUGUACAGAGUACAAAUUCGAGCUUCUCUAUACCCCCAAAGUUAAACUACAUGUUCAGCGAAUAUAGAACAUUGAAUUGCGACAACGUAGUCGUGUCGCAGAUCACAACGCGCCGAGUCCUGUGUAGGUUGCAUUUGCACCAUAUUAAAGGGUGAAGCACAGUGAUUUUUCCUGCGAUCUCUGGUGAUGACACAGAACCCAGGUAGGAAGUCGAUCUUGUAGCACACCACAACCCCUUCUCGAGGUACUCGAAUUAGUGGAUGAUGUCAUCACCUGACCGGGAUUAUUCGCUAGACGCGAUAGGAAAGAGCUGAUCGCAAGUAUUGGCAUGAGAUAUUAAUAUCCCGAAAUAUUCACUUGGAGAGUUCCAUGUAUGCAGGCGUAAGGGAGCGUACGUAAGGGGUGGCAUCCUCUCGUUGAAUAUGGUUGUAUACCCCGACGGAAACACCCGUUGUGGAGUAUCGUCAUGAGGCAUUCCGCGGAGUAUCUUUGCCGAAGGGGGUGUUGAUAAGAGGUGAUACAACGAGGAGUACCUUUAAAAUGAAGGUUAGCUUCGCAAGUAGUCUAGUGGCAGUGUGAUACAGUGAUGGAUGGACUAUUGAUUGGACAUGAAUCACUAAUCCCCUCUCAGUCAACACAGACCAAGGUCAGAGAGUUGGGAUUCCAUUCGUCCCAGCAAUCAUAAUAAUGGUGAUAUGUGUGGGGUAUGUACGGAGUACGCCGUACACAGUAUCGAUGUGUGGACAUGUUUUCCAAAAAAAA